AUGGAACGAGCGACGCAUUUGCAUUCACAGGCGCUUAGUCUGCUUGCGACGGAGUUGCUACUGGCGCAACUUGAUGAGACGGGCUCGUGUGAAUUUACUUGCUGGCAGUUUGCUGCUCAUUUACUACGAGAUAAUGCGUGGUGCCAUCUCCAUGGCGCCAAGAUCCUACUCGAAUAUCACAAUCAACCAAUCGUGUCUCCUUGCAUCACAUUCUUCCGCAAGGUCUUCCAGUACUUUAAUGUCAUGCUCGCUCUUUCCCUGGGGAGGCGGCCUCUCAUCAUCAACGGCGUCCACGGACCGGAGUUCACAGACAAGGUCGACAAUGUAUUCGGCUGUGCUGGAAGAUCAUGGCCUCUCAAGCACCGUCUUGCCGAUCUGAUCGGACGAGUACGACUAGGUGAAGACGGGCGGGACGAGGCGCAAUCACUGAUGGGCAGUUUGGAGGCAUGGUCCAUUGAUUCAUUGCCAACCAUGGAUGCAUAUAUGGAAGCGAUGGUGCAGAUAGCACGAGCAUAUAAAUUCUCGGGUCUUCUGAUGCUCCGCAUGGCGACGAAUCCUGCUUUCCAAGACCACUCUGGUGCUCUGGAGGCUUCCGACCAAGACCUAUAUCAGUUUGCGUUCAAUAGUGUAUUACGCGUCUGUGUGCUCUCGAUGCCGAUGGCUACCCUCACUUGGCCCCUCUAUGUUGUGGGCCGACUUGCUGGCUCGACGAGCGAUCGGACGAUUAUAAUGCAUAUUUUUCGCAGUUCUUGGAGAAGCAUCAUAUGA